CCCGCUGAAAGUUUGUGUGUAAAUUCCUUUGCAUGCUCCAGCAAAAUGUAAACAAACAAAAAUUGCUUGCACAUUUGACAAGAAUUUAAUGGAAAUUAGUGGAAAUUACUGUGCAAAAAGCGAGCAAACCUAAUAGAGGCAACGAAAACUGAUUAACCGGCAGAAAUUCACUAUGAAAUAACACGAGAUAAAAGGCUGCCGGUUGAAAGUGGCAAAGGAGUACUAAAUACCCACAAACACACUCACAUACAUACAUCCAUUAUCUAUUAGACCACAAACAGUAUUGCACUAACACACAAAAAAGAGAAUUUCAGUGCUCAAUCCGUAGAAUCAAACAAUAUUUGAACAGUUAAUUGCAAGAGAGCGUCGCCCGCCGAUCAGAUCAACAUUUUCGCUCCAACGCCGCCGCCCACGCUAUAAAUAGAAUGGAAGGCACCAACACACGUUAACCAACAACUAGCGCCAUGUGUGUGUGUGCGUGGAGAGCGAUUGCAAAAGAGCCGUUACUCUCUCGCAUAACACGCUCGCCAAACAGGUUUUCGAGCAAGAGCAAGAGAGAGAUGACUACAAUUCGACUGCGACACACAUUUUUUUCCUGCUCGCUCAACAGUUUUUUUCGCCGCUCCACAAGAUCCGGAGCUGUUUUGCUGCUGUUCUGCUUGCUGCGUGUUUGUGUGCCUAAAAACCUGCAGCAGAUUUGUGAAAAUUGGAAAACCAACGGCCCUGGGCCCGUGCACAAACAUUGAUAUCAACGGAAAGGCAGCGCGAGAGCCGCAGCCCCGCAAAAAGAGACAGCCCCAGAGAGAGAGAGAAACACGCUGAUGUAACUGUAUGUGUGAGCGCAGUAUCUGUAGAAAAUGUUCUCUGACGAUGACGGCAAACAGUUUGAUGACGGCGGCGUACAACGCACGAGAAACGUGCUGACGCUGGAGGAGCGUGUGGCGGUCAUUCGACAGUACGACAUUCUGCCGCUGUAUAGCAAGAUAGCCAAGAAUUUCAACUGCAGCUGGGAGCAGAUCAAGAGCAUUGUGUCCAAUCGUGAGGCCAUUAUGGAGUGCUAUGAAGCCUCGCGCCGCCACAACGAUCCGCCCAAUGAGGAGGUGCGCGGGCGCAAACUCAACUUUCUGGGCCUCUGCCUGUACGAGUACAUGAAAAGGGCGCAGUACUAUCUGCACGUGGACAUCAACGAGGAGCUGAUACGCACCAAGGCGGUGGAGUUUCGGAAUCUGAUGCACAUCGAGGGCUUCAUGCCGAACAAGCCGUGGAUCAAUCACUUCAAGGCUGCCUACAACAUCACGCUAUCGAAUCGAAAGAUCACAAUGACACGCAAGCCAUCACGCUCCAUGGACCUCAGCGACAUUAUGUCCUACUGCGGCCGGCACACGUCCAUGUGCAAGAAUAUGGUCAAUAGUCCAGAGCUGCCAGCACCAGCAGCCACACCAACCAUGAGCCAAGACGGACAUUUGGCUACACCGCGCUCCCUGUACCGCACCAAGACACUGGUGGCCGCCUCUAGUCAGAAUCAGGCCACCCUCGUGGAGGUUCAGCAACGACGCAAGCGAAAGAUUAACUUUCUGGAGAAGGCGCUCUACGAGUACAUCGCACGCUCACAGAUCCACCAAAAGGGCAGACCCGACAUGGACAACCUGCGCUCCGUGGCCAUCAGUCUGCGCGACAUACUCAAAAUUGAGAAUUUCUUUCCCGACAAAAUAUUCUUCAACCACUUCAAGAGCCACUACAACUUUAGCUUCUCGCAGGGCGUGCCGCUAAACCAUCGCAGAGUGCCCUUGUCCCUGGAUCUGCGUGACAUUGUCAGCUACUGCGGCCGUAACGAUAGUCGCUAUGCGGAGCAGGAGCGCUCCAGUGUGCGUCUGGAUCCCAAGACAAGUGCGGAGACGGAUGAAGCGAAGGCAAAUGAAGGUCUAUCCCCUGUCCAGCAGCUGUUGUUGUCUCCAAGGAGGGACUCCUCGGACCAAACAAUCGAAGGUUGUGUUGCUGCUGAUGAAGACGAUGACUGCAUCGCCAUUGAGGAGCCACCCGAACUGAUCGAAAUCAACGACGAUGAGGAUGAACCCGAGAACGCCACGCAGCCAGCAAAGCGCACAAGCCAACACUUAGCUGAGUCGGCUGCUCCUCCACUCAAGAUACAGAAAGUUGAGUCCCUCCAUGCCGUCACAGCUGCACCGCCAGUUGCUGCUCCUACUACCAGCAAUGAGGCAGAGUUGGAGCCAGAGCUGCCCCGUUGUGUGCAGAACUAUGAGGAUGCAUUGCUUCUGCUCAAGCCGCUGGAGGAUUUUGCGCUCAUGGAGAAAAACUAUCGCGCCAUUGGGCUGCUUGUUCAGCUGGAGCAGAUCUUUAAGAAGAAUGACCAGAAGUUAAGGAAACAGUAGGAGAAAAUGUACCAAAUAUUAGCCUGAAGCUGAAUGGACACAAUACAUUAAGAAGAAUUAGUUGCUGAAAUGAUUGAAUUCCAAUUGGAAAAGAAAACUUGUACAAAGUAUAAAGUGAAAUGUAAUUAUUUAACUGAAGGCAGUGUUUAUUUUUAACUUCUUUAUUAACUUAAAGAGAGUACAAAGUAACCAAAAUAUUAACAAAAUAAUAAUAUAUCUUAUUUCGUACCAGUUUAAAUGAUUGAAAUCAAUUGAAUUGUAACUUGGUGAAGAAAACUUGUGAAUAUUUAUAAGUGAAGUGCAGUUUUUUG